GGAAGUUUGUUGGUGGUGGGUGAGGGCCGGCGAGUGUCUCCUUGCAGCGGUUUGGUUUUGUGACCCUGUUAGUGACAGCGGACCGGGCAGGCAGAUAGACAGACAUGGGUGGUAGCCCCAGCACGCGGAGAGUCUCCUUCGAGGCAGAUGAGAACGAUAAUAUCACGGUGGUGAAGGGCAUCAGGCUGUCUGAAAAUGUGAUUAACCGUAUGAAAGAACCAUCUGCCCCUGUUCCACGACCACAGCCACUUCCUCCAAUCCCAAAGCCAGCAGCCAAAGAGCCAACCCCUGAUGCGUAUGCAGUGAAUGAAGAGGAACUCAGAAGGAGAAUUGCUGAAGAGUUGGCUUUGGAGCAAGCGAGGAGGGAAUCUGAGAAUUAUAAAAGGCUGGAGCACAGCAAACUGGUGGUACAGGAGGAAGUUGGUAAAGUUUUAGAGCGGGAGAGGAAUUCUUCUACUGAACAGCUUACCCGUGCAGUGCUGCGUGAGAAAGCCUCAACUGAAGAGGAGCGCCUUAAAGCAAGGAACUUUGCAAAGAAAUUGGAAGAAAAAGAAAGAGAACUGAAACGACAGGAUGAAUAUUACAAGGAGCAACUGGCCAGGCUAGAAGAGAGGAGUGCUGAGUUUUAUAAAGUCACCACUGAGCAGUACCAAAAGGCCGCGAGCGACGUGGAGUCCAGAUUCAAACGAUACGAAGCUUAUCCCAUUUGUGCUGACCUGCAGUCUAAAAUCCUCCAGUGCUAUCAGCAAAAUCCACAGCAGACUCUCAGCUGCUCUGCAUUGGCUAGCCAGUACCUGCAAUGUGUUAACAUUGCCAAGCAGAGCAUGCUUAGAAGAGGUGGGUAGUAUCUCCCUUUCCUCCAAAGCCAGCCAUACUGCGAUUAAUGACAGAGGAGCAUCUGCAUAUGUUUUAGCGAGAGGCUUAAGAAGACCGUAAAAGAAUGAAGAAAUGUACCCAAGAACUGUUCUAGGGAGCGCUCUGUUCACCUAGCUAAAGUAAUCUGCACUAAGAUACGUCACUCGUUCCUGGAGGGACCUACAGCACUGUUUUAUCUUGAUGUCACCAUGUGUUUUACAAGAAUACAUAAGUCUUGUUUGUUUGGUCUCACAUAACUCAUUUAUUAGCCUCAAUGUUAAAAUGAUGUUGAUGCCUCUUUUAUUUAAUAUUGAAUUGCAGCUAUAAUGUUAUAUCCUAUUAUAAUCAACAAUUGCAUAUCAAUACCCAUGCUCCAUCUGUUGAUUAUUUCGGAUUUGUAUCCUCAAUAAAAAUAUAUAUUUUCUGAAAGUGA